AUGCAUGGGACCGGAUUCUAUGAUGAAGCGGAGUGGAACCGGCAGUCCUUUACCGGACGUUCUACACACCACGGCCACCUGGGAAUGUCGCUUUUAGUGAUAAUUCUUAUUCUACCUCUGCACGUACAUGCCCUAUGUACCACUCCAGAUUGUGUCCCGAGAGACGGGUGGGAUAACUUUGCCAAUAACCUCGGGAGCGAUCUGGCACCAUUCCUCGCGCUGUUCGGAGAACAGGUAACAACUCAAUACAUGAGCGAGUCACUCUCUUGGAUCGACAAUAUACUACUUGCUCUUGCACCACUCGGAAUUAUCACAAUAUUGGUUUCCGCAAUCAGGGUAUCCGGUACAGGACCGUUGAAAUCGCUUAUUGGAAGGGGCAGGGAGACACGCGGUGAAGUGGAGACAGAUUUGAUGUCUUCCACCUCGAGCGAUACGUGUGAGCUCUGGAGUGGGGAUGGUGUCGUUCGUGUAAUUGGGACUCCUGCUCUUCUUCAGCUUAUCUGGGUUCCUAAGAAGGUGGAAGAUCCGGAUAAAUCUCGUGGUCUCUACAACUUCCGAGAUAUGUAUAGUAGGAACCGUCAUUAUACGCAAAAGCACUCAGACAAUCCGCUGAGUGAUUUACCUGACCAUCAAGUGAACUCCGAGAAGCAAGCAUCAGGGAAAGAGUGGGUGCCCAGGAGCACCAAGGAACGAACACAGAACGCGAUGAUAGAUCGAAACCCUCCAAACGUCUCGCUUAAUCUCAGUGUGAAGUCAGUAUCUCGCCCGACCUUGGUAUUUUUCAUCAUUGUGGGCUUCAUCGCGCAAGGUGCAGUUUUGGCAUUUGCUGCAGUCUCACAAUAUGUUUUACGUUUCCCAAAGAACGAUUUAGAUAUUUCCUUCUACGCUUUUCCUGUUCUCUGCGCCGGAACCGUUUUUCUGAGCGUGGGAAUCCUUCUGUGUGCUCACGUUGUUGAAAGUAGCACUGGGGAGAAAACCUGGGCUCCCAAACUGGACACAAAUACGGAUACGUUUGUGUUAUGGCUCCAGCAAGGGGGGCAGAAAGUAGGUGACCAAGAGUUCGAUGCUUUUGCUCAAACCUCCAAUGAGGACAUAAUCUCGUCCUAUCGUCAGGGUGAUGGAAAGCCCCGAAGGGGACUGGUCAUUGUGGCCGUUUUAUUUACGCUACUAGGAUUUAUCGCCCAACUCGUCGGCUUGAGAGCAGCUCACUCUUCUAUCACUGUGGUGCAGAUUGCCGCCAUCUUGCUCGUGACCGUUUUCCGCUGCUCUGCCCAUUUCAAGCGCAAUAAAGAGAACAUAAUCGAAAACCCUCAAUUGGUCGAAGGCUUUGAAUUGGAUUGGCUUGCAAAGUAUCUUGGGGGUAUUUCCGACUGGAAAGUGGACACUAGCGCAAUCCCUGUAGCAUCUCAGCAGCCUGGAACAAGACCAGUAACAGCAGCUCCUGCAGCAUCCGCACAACCUGGGUCACUUUUAGCCACGGGAGUUCCUGCAACCUCUCGACAGUCUGGGUCGCGGCCAGCAACAGGAGUUCCUCCGGUACCUGUUCUAAAACCUGGGUUACAGCCAGCAACAGUAACUCCUGUAGGAUCUCAACAGCACGAAUCACGACCACCAACAGCAAUAUUACCAGCGCGCACGGAGUUCAUAUCCGCAUCAGACUAUUCACGCGGUAUUCAAAGAGAUGAGGGGACUGGACCCACCUUGAAGUAUACGGCGCAGAAGGCUCUCGAAGUACGUUCCCGUCUAGCGGAGCUAUCUGUUGAAUGGAACAUUGAUCUCCGGAAGAGUGUGAAGACACUGAAGACUGCGAUCGAGAUGACGAUGAACGAUGUGUAUUCGAAGAUGACCCUUAAGGAAGAGAGGCUCAAAAGGUCGAGGUCCUCAUUUUCUUGGCAGGUACCUGUCAUUGUGAAGAAUAAGGGUAGCUCUCCCGCGGUCGGAGUACAUAAAUGGAUCGAAAUCAAUUUGACUAGACAGACAAACGAGCUUGAUGGUUGUUCUGAUUGGAAGGUUGAUGAGUGUAUGUUGGAGGCAGUGCUUGGCCUCUGGUUAUCAUCCCUCAUAGAAGAAAAUAGAAAUAUGGAAGAAAAUGGUGACAAGGCACUCAAGAACAUUUGGCAUAUCGGGCCUGCUACAGAUGCAUUCCGGAGAGAACAUAGAGUUUGGAUACGCCGUACCACACCGCAUAAGAGUACCAAGCGCUCGGAUAACACAAUGCGACAUUUUGGGUGGCCAACCAGAGAGGACGAUGAAUCGCUUUAUGUUGAGACCGAUCGCACAUUAGAGGUCAUUUGUACACACCAACUUUAUUUUAUGUUUGUGCAUCGCCUGGCGAAGGAUGUCCAGAUGGUUGGGGGGGAAACGACAAAGCGCCUUGAAGAAUCUAUGUUGCAUGGCGAGAUAGCGGCACAAGCGCGGACUACAGCUCGCCUUCCAGACUUCAAGCUGAUGAAUACCAACCUGGCAUCAAUUGCGGCUAUUUUCAAGGAUUAUGAUCUAGGCACCAUCGAGGAGGCCUAUUGUUGUAUUAUCCCUGCUUUCCAAAAAGUUCAAAAGCCGCCACCGCCGCGGAAGGACUUUGAAGAUGCUCAGAGAAUGUCGUUGAAUAACUCUAAGGCGGGUGAAUGGAGGCCUUCUUUGGACAUUGAUAUCUAUCUCAAUACUGCCCUGGGAUCCUUAGGUCUUUCGCAAAAUGAGAGAAAUGCCGUCGAGGAACAGCUAUACCAGCGCCUUCGUGUUUUGAGGGAAAACUUCAUAUCCGAUUGUGUGAGGGUGGGAAGAGACGUGGUUCUACAGGAUCUGGAGCCCAUGUGGAGUGGCUUGUAUUUGAGAUGCAAGCUAAUCUCACCGAGGCGACCUCUCUCGUCUAUUAGUCUCGAGCUCAUGGUUCUCUGUCUUACCCGUUAUCGGAUUAAGGCAGGUUAUGAUAUUCAGGAGUUGCAUGAGUUACUAUCAAGUACAAUACGAUCACUCAAUUCUGAUAUAUCGUCUGAGGAGGUUUUAGAGAAGAUUAGGGAUGAGGACGCAGAAACUUUCAAGGACCCCGACUUACUGAGUAGGUUUGUGUGGAUUCAUGCGAGGGGUGGUAGGACGGUUGGAACGGUUGGGAUGCUUCAAUCGCCGAGUACCUCCCCGCAGAAUAUCGACACUACUCAACUGCCAAAGGUUUUCGUUGACACCUUGUCUCACCUUACAGCAUCUAAGGUGUUGAUUGAAGCCCGUCAGAAACUAUCAUACAUGUUCACAUCACGAGCCUUUGGUAAAUACGCCUCCAAUCCUGAUUCCAUCAAAUAUAUGGCAGAAGCGAGCGUGACGAGCAACUUUGACUCUGGGGAAACUGGCGAUAAAAGCUUUCCGGUUGAUCUUCUGCUCAUAGAAGGAUACAGAACACCACUUCAGAUGGCGGCGGAGCUCAAGAAUACGUGGGUUGUGAAUAGGAUCCUUGAAUUUUGGCGAGGAAAUGGGGGAUUCGACGUGAAAUCCGACCAUCCGGCGGCGGCGGACGGAAGGACAGCCCUCCAAGCGGCCGCGGGAGGAGGUGAUAUCGAUAUUGUGAAGAGCUUAUUUGAAGCUGGAGCGGCAAUUGAUGCCGAAGCAGCAGAGACGUCUGGACGCACGGCAUUACAGGCAGCUACAGAGGGAGGGCAUGAAGAGAUAGUGCGAUUUCUUAUCGCCAACGGCGCCAACGUCAAUGGAGAACCAGCCCCAACUCGAGGUAUAACAGCACUUGAGGCGGCUUCUGCGCGUGGAAAUAUCAAAAUUGUCGAUUUACUUCUCGAGAACAAAGCAAAUGUUAACACAAUUCCUUCUACCUACGGACGAACACCAUUACAGGCAGCGGCUGAGGCGGGACACAAUGCAGUUAUUGAAUUGCUCCUGCGUCACAAAGCCAAUAUCAAUGCUCCACCAGCUGAUUGUGGAGGUCGCAGCGCGUUACAGGGUGCAGCAGAAAAAGGACAUUUCGAAACCGUGAAGUUUCUUUUGAAAAAUGAUGCUCUUGUUGAUGAACUGCCUGCCAGGGAAUCUGGAUGCACCGCAUUCCACGCCGCAGUCUGUUCUGGGAGGGGGGAUAUAGUCGAAAUUCUAAUAAAGAGCCGUACGACUACUCCUAAUCAUGGUGCCAACAGUCAGAUGAGAACGGCACUGUACGCAGCAGUGGAGAGAGGUCAUGACGGAGUGGUGAAGAUGCUUUUGGACAAGGGUGCUCCUAUUUUUGCGGACCAGCCUGAGCCAGACGGCAAGACCAUCUUGCAGGCAACACUACAAAGUGGUGAUGAAAAGAUAAUUGGAUUGAUCUUAACAGCCUCAUUUGACUUAGAGGCUGCCCUUUAUUAUGCUCUACGCGAAGGACACGACGAUGUAACCAGUGAUCUACUCACAAAAGAUCAACUGGACAUUAACCAAAAUAUUGAUAGCCAAGGUGGUGUCCCAGCGUUGUUGAGGGCGGCAGCUGAGGGCCAUGUCGAAGUUGUUGAGUGGCUGGUGGCGAGGGAUAGUCUCAAGGUAAAUAUUAAGGAUGAUAAUGGUAAUACUGCUCUAUCGAUUGCGGCGAAGGCUGGGUUCACUUUGAUUGUGGAGAUAUUACUCGGACGUCAAUAUAUUCUUAUCAAUCAUGCCAACAUGCAGGGGCUGACGCCUCUCACCCUAGCCUGUUCAGAAGGCCAUGUGGAGGUGGUCAAAGCAUUACUAGAGAACCCAAGGAUCAAUCCCAUGAUUCUCAGCAAAACGAAGGGUAGUUGCCUUCUGGCAGCAGUGGCUUCCAAUAUUAGCGGGGGGGAUGUGGGUGCCGGAGUCAAGGUAGAGAAGAUUAACGAGAUGGUGGAAAUGAUUUUGAGCCAUAAUUCCACUCGAGGCCUAGAGAACUCUGCAGAUGAACACGAUGUAACUCCAUUGAUCAUGGCUGCAAGAUGUGGCCUUACUACUGUUGUUGAAAAGCUCUUGACAAGAAAAGACAUUGAGAUAAAUGCCAAAGAUACACAGCAGCGAACAGCUUUCUCCACCGCCUUGGAAAACAAGAAUCAAGAAAUUAUAAUUUACCUUCUCAACGACCAACGCCUUGAAUUUGACGACGAGAAGCUUGGAGAGUAUAUCUCGGAAACGCCUUUACUGUUAUGCGAAGUGGUGCGUCUUAAAGCGGAUGUUGCUGUGGGAACAUUACUGAAAAGACCCGAUAUCGGAAAUCAACUCAACGCCGCGGACACCUAUGGUGAUCGCCCAGUCUCGAUUGCUGUGUCCUCCGGAGAUGUUGAGCUUGUGCGAAUGCUAUUGCGAUUGGAGAACGAAGGGGUUGAGACAAACUUCCAGAAUUCUGAGCACAACACACCGCUCAUGAUCGCGGUUCGGCUGCAAAAGCUAGAUAUCGUAGAAUUGCUCUUAGAAUGUGAAUCAGUCAAAGUGGACAAAACGGUAUUAUCUAUCGAAACCUCCCCGGAUAUCAAGAAACUUCUCAAAGAUCAUUCUCGGGGCACCAACAAAGCAAAGGCCAAAACCCCAGCACCAGAACCCACUACAGCGCAGGCCCAGGGCGCUAGUACAAAUCCCCAGCAAGGAUCGAGUAGCCGGCCACCAUCGCGCGAGCCUCAAGUAUCAAGUACACAAGCCGCAUCGGAUACUCAGGUGACCCCGGAUGGAAAGACGAAACCGCCGGCGAAGGAAUCCUCAUCGGGGCGUAUUCUUCGUCACCUUGGCCUUUCUGGGGGUGUCAACUUAAGUAACAAAGCGAAGCGAGCUUCGGUAGUAGCAGGUGGAAGGACUAAUACCUCUACCUCCGUACCACCUCCGAGUGCAGGCGGAAGUACAGCCAAAGAAAAAAUGGCCAAUACACCUCCGAACGUGGUCCCUGGCACAAUCCAACCUCCGGUGCCGAAGAACAACAGAGUUGAACGCGCAGAAUCAAGUCGUAUUCCUGGCGUAGGCCCAAGCAAUGAGCCGUACAUUUCUCAGGAGCCGGGUUCGAGCACGGGCAUGCAAGCCCAGACGACCGAUACAGGGACCGGUGCACCAAACGGCCAAAGCGCGGGGAUGGUGCAACUGAGAACGAUAGCCCUAGAUCGAGUAGUGAUCACACUUCAGUCGAGUAACCGUGAUCUGAGAAGGGCUGGUUAUGGAUAA